GUAGAUGACCAAAACAAAACAAAGUCAGUGGUAUUUUUGGAGAGUUUUUGUCUGGAUAGUACUAGAGAACAAAGAGUCUGAUUCUAGGUAAAGUCUCGGCUCCCCAAGCUGAGUUCAGGAGCUCUGCAACGCGCCAUGUGUUUCACGUCGUGUGGUUGUCUCAGCUUGUUUCCCUUAUCCUUGGUGUUAUCUGCAGCAAUGGGCUUACAUGGCGACAACAGAGACGAUUCUGCCUGACCACUCUUCGAGAGCUGGGCCUUGGCAAGCAGGCGUUAGAGGUGCAGCUGCAGCACGAGGCAGCAGAGCUGGCUAAGGUGUUUCUCCAGGAAGAGGGGAGAGCCUUCGAUCCUCAGAUCCCUAUCAUCCGAUCCACAACGAGAGUUAUUGGGACCCUGGUGUUUGGCCAUCAUUUCCUCUCUGAGGAGCCCAUCUUCCUGGAACUAAUUCAAGCCAUCAACCUUGGCCUAGCUUUUGCCAGCACUAUAUGGCGCCGGCUGUAUGACAUGUUUCCCUGGGCCCUCCGCCACCUCUCAGGACCCCAUCAGAAGAUAUUUCAGUACCACGAGGCUGUGAGGGGCUUCAUUCGCCACGAAAUCAUCAGGCACAAACUCAGAACAGCUGAGGCCCCCAAGGAUUUCAUCAACUGCUACCUGUCACAAAUCACCAAGGCCAUCGAUGACCCUGUCUCUACAUUCAGUGAGGAGAACCUGAUCCAAGUGGUGAUCGACCUGUUUCUGGGAGGCACAGACACCACGGCCACCACACUGCACUGGGCACUCAUAUACCUGGUCCAUCACAGAGCCAUCCAAGAGCGCGUGCAGCAGGAGCUGGAUGAGAUGCUGGGAGCUGCACAGACCAUCUGCUAUGAGGACCGAGAGCGACUGCCCUACACCCGUGCUGUCCUCCACGAGGUGCAGCGCCUUAGCAGCGUUGUAGCUGUGGGCGCUGUACGCCAGUGUGUGACUUCCACCUGGAUGCAUGGUUAUUAUGUCCCCAAGGGAACCAUCAUCCUGCCCAAUCUGGCCUCUGUGUUGUAUGACCCUGAGUGCUGGGAGAGCCCUCAUCAAUUCAACCCUGGCCACUUCCUAGACAAGGAUGGAAACUUUGUGGCCAACGAGGCCUUCCUGCCCUUCUCUGCAGGGCAUCGGGUGUGUCCUGGGGAGCAGCUUGCCCGAAUGGAGCUCUUCCUGAUGUUUGCCACCCUCCUCAGGACCUUUCAGUUUCAACUACCAGAAGGGAGCCAGGACCUCGGGCUGGAAUAUGUCUUUGGUGGUACACUGCAGCCUCAGCCCCAGAAGAUUUGCGCAGUGCUUCGCCAGAGCAGCCUCAGCCCUAGGGAGCCCUAGGCCUGCCACUGCAGUCCCCCGACACAGGAGGUUUCCAUCUGUCAGCCCUCAAAAUCAGGAACUAGGACGAAGUAGAUUUCUCCUAGCUCAGCUGCCCCAGUUCUCACACUAGCUCUGAUGGCAAUCCUGGAAAAUGGACAUAGCAAGAUCUUGCAACAGUAACUAACUGGGUUCGAAUAGUUUCUUUCUUAGAGUAGGAUAAUUAUGCUGUGGCAGAGGAGGAUUUUAUAACGUUUGAUAAAGUUUGACUUUGAAUCAGUUCACAUGGUUCAUUUAGGGGGAAAUCAAAUGUCACAAUGUAGUAGCCAAGUAAAUUAAAGGGAAGUGCUUUCCCAUAAUACUAUAAACAGUAGUGCAUGCAAAUGCUGGGGACUGGUAACUGGUGGGGCGGGGGCUGAGGUGGGGUUGGGGUUGGAGGUGGGAGUGAGGGUGGGAGAAGGUGCACACCAUUUUCUGUUCUCUCCCUGCCAUCUUCAGACCAGAAGGAAGAAGUGUCUAAAUCUCGAUAACUGUUGCCAUAACAUUUUCCAUCAAAAACCCUGGCUCGACUUCCUCUAAAAUAAUUGCAAUGCUUUGAAAUAUUGUGUCUCCAAAAACAUCUUAAUAAAAAGAGAAUUUUUUUGUAUUAAGUGGAAAUUAAAAUAAAAAUGAGAAGCCACCACAUACCUGCUAAAUUCCUAAAAAUCAAACUCUGACACUCCUAAGAACUGGUUGCACAGAACCAAGAGCUUUCACACACCACUGGUGACUGCUAGAGCGUUCACACCCCACUGGUGAUGGCUAGAGUGUUCUCACACCACUGGUGACUGCUAGUGCGUUCACACACCACUGGUGACUGCUGGAGCAUUCACACACCCCUGGUGACUGCUAGAGUGUUUACUUUUGCUGGUGACUAUAUCAUCACCACAAAUGGUAAAAUGGUGGAAAGCAUUUGGCCAUUUUUUUUGUAAAAUCAGGUGUUGCACCACAACCCCAGCCAUCUUAGCAUUUUCUUCCAGAGAAACUGAAUAUAUGCUUGGAUGAAUGUGAAUUGUUUGAUUCAAUUUUUAUGCUACUUUUAAAAAGAGUAAAACAGAUAAGUAAUUUUUUAAAAUGAAAGAUAAGUGGUUUAGGAAUAGGAUAAGUGGUUUAAGAUAAGGUUUAGGAAUAGGGCUGACUAUUAGAAAAUUCACAAGUGGAGGCUGGAAAGAUAAAUCAGUGGCUAAAGACUCUUACUGUGUGACAGGGAAGCCAGUGCAGCGUCUUCUCCAUCUUGGUUUGCUUGUUUUGCUGAGGCCAUUUCAGGUUUAACUAGAAUUUGGUCUCUUUGAUAGAGAAUCCCAUGGAAAAUUACCAAACGAUGUUCUAGGAACCUGGAGAACAAGAUGCCCUAGCUUGUCUUAGUUUCUG